AUGCAAAAAUUACCAUUGGGGAAGCCAUCUCAAAGUUUGGAUACAGCAAUUCCCAUAAUAUUACGACCGCUAUUUCGAGCUUACAUCUUAGGUUAUGCAUCGAGUGCAGGACCAAGACUGUUAACUCUUUUUCUGGUUCACUUGAGUCGACAUCGGAAGAAUAUUGACCCAAGACCCGAUGGUGAAGGCUAUUUUUGGACUUCAUUAGUUGGAAUUUUGAAAGGGGGUUUAGAGAUACAAAGGUUUCCAACAUUUUGUGCGGCGCUGGUUGGAGGCACUUACUUCAGUCUCAAAUUACUUCAAUCCCGUCCAAGUAAAACCUUCACUGAAGAUCUACCAUAUGAAACCAAAAAUGGAGUCGAAUUACGACCUACUCGGUUUGCAGGAAGAACUCUAGACUUGACACUAUUCGCUUUUACUCGAGCUGUUGAUUGCAUAGUUGGGGAAUUAUGGGCUAGGAGGAAGAGCCAGCGACAAGUUUCUGGCAGGUGGUCGAGGGUAGACAGAACAAUCUCAUCCCUCACAGACCCAGCUUUGUUCGCCACAUCCUGCGCUCUAAUAAUGUGGGCUUUCAUUUACACCCCCGCUCGUCUUCCUGGUGCCUACAACAAAUGGAUCAAAUCUGCCGCUCAAGUGGAUUCCCGUCUGCUGAAAGCCCUCCGCUAUUGUCGUUAUGGUGAACUAAAAUAUGGAGUCGAAACGGGUCAAGCACAUCUCCUAGGAGAUAUGUGCAAAGAUUAUGGUCUACCAGAAGAGUAUGGGGACCCUACAAAAUUCAUCCCAUUCCCAUGUGAAUUAGUCCACAUGGGUGCUGGUCCAAGCUGUGAAUUCCAUGCGGUGUCUAGAUUUUAUAAAUCUUUUAUUUGGUCUGCUUCAAUGUAUUUGCCACUAAACUUGGCACUUAUUUUCCGUAAUCCAAAAGUUUCGAAAAAAGCUCUUACUCAUGCCCUCAAAUCAUCAGCUCGUUCUUCGGCCUUUCUCUCUACUUUCAUAACACUUUUCUACUAUGGUAUCUGUCUGACUCGUACUAAAUUCGGUCCUCAGAUCCUUGGUACAUCUCCCCACGCCUGCCAAGCCAUCGAUUCAGGAUAUUGUAUAGGAACCGGAUGUUGGAUGUGUGGAUGGAGUGUAUUUAUAGAGAGUGCGAAGAGGAGAGAAGAAAUGGGAUUAUUUGUAGCACCAAGAGCAUUGGCUACACUUCUGCCGAGGAGGUAUAGAUGGGAAGACCAGUGGAUUGAGAGGGCAAUUUUUGCUUGGGGAGCGGCGGUUGUUUUUACAUGUGUGGGAGAGAAUAGGAAUGGAAUUAGAGGAGUUCUGGGAAAAGUUGUGGGUGGGGUUUUACAUUCUGGAGGCAGGAAGCUCGAGUUCAAUGUAAAAAAAAAACGUUCCGGUCCGGUCAUCUGGCAUAUUCUAUACAUUCCCGGUCUCACAAUAUUCAGUUCGAUCAUGUCAGUCCCAGAUCCACCAUCACGUUCGCUCUCAAAGACAGUCUUCUAUAAUCCGAACGGAACACGAUCGGAAGGCAUACGCUGUCCUGCCGAUCGUGAUUGCAAUGUAGUAUUUUUCGAGCUUUACGCCAUCGAAAGAGAGAGUAUCCGCAUUGCCAUUCUCGAUCCCUCAAGUUGGCGUUUUUUUGAUAGUAACCGAAAUUACGAGAUUGCUCGCGUCUUUCCCAACCUGAAGGAAAUCAUAUUUGUUUGCGCCAGGCCCGAGAAUCUGGACAAAUACAGCAAGAGAAGAUCCGCUCUUCAAUUCGUGCCUUUGCGAGCUGGAAGAUAUGUGCAGUCCGGACCUAGAAGACAUUACCUAACUGAAAGAAGCUCUUUAAGAAUCGAAAAACUAAUACGCAAGCAACAUGGAAAGCCACUCGAUACUGACGACGAGGAGGAGGAAGAGGAGAGGGAAGAGGAAGAAUGCGACGCUGGUUUCUUAGGCGAUGGGGAUGAGAAAAACAAAUAUACCGAGGAGGAAGACCCAACAGACGACACAGGACAAGGCGAGGAUGGCUUUGAGGAUUACUCGCGCUGGGAGGAUAAAAGAAAGGAGUUUGAAGACAUGUUCCAUGCUGAAUUCACAGAAAGCGACGGUUUGUUAUACCAUGAAAGGGAUUCUGAUCCAAGAAUUAGCAUUCCUAAAAUUACAUUCUAUGGUAUCACAGAACUGGAGAGCUAG